AUGAAUAACCUCAAUCCAAUCCUAGAAAAUUUAAAACAAAGAACGGUUCAAGAAACCCCUAUCAAAUUAAUCUAUGCUAAAAAUGACUUCUCGGUCUUUGAUAAAGGAGCCUCGGACUUCUACGGAGCCGAAGACGAAUUCAUUUCCGACCAACCUCUGGAAGGAUCCAAAGUUUUAACCAUUGACCCUGACUUUUUGGAUGACUUAGAAAUUCACUUUUUAGCUGAUGUUGCCCGAGAUAGUAAUCUUAACCCUUACAAACUCUUUAAAGAGGUAAUUACUAAGAAAUUAGAAAACGGAGUCUUAGCCACCAUUCACGACGAGAAAUCAGUCUUUUAUCGAAUUAUCAACCCCGAAGAGAUACAGCAUGAAAAGACUUUGGGAGGAGGUAUGGAAAAGUUUGCUUAUGAAGUAGAAGUAGUCGGAGGCAUGAUACCUUUUACUAACUCCUGA